UGCCGCUCCUGAAAGUAACCUCAGUUUAUAUUUGGCUUAAAGGAGACGCAACAAAGCGCACAAAAUGGUUGUGCUCCAGGCCCGGGCGAAUAAGUAGGUUUACUAUAGCUUUAAGAACGCGAAAAUAGUGUCUGCUUCUUUAAAAUGUAUCCGUUUAUUGCUGAAUAGAUAAUUAAGAAAAGUUUUCAAUUUCUAAUCAAUAAAUAUAUGCUUUUAAUUUGCGACGGAUCCAACGCAUUGACAGAAAAUGCCCCACUGUAGGAUAAAGGCCGCUUGCAAUCAACCCGUCUUUACACCAGAUGUUGUGCUUUUUUCCUCAAUUUGCUUGUAAGCCGGCUCGAUUGUAAGCUGAAUUGAAGUAGGCUGAAGCGUUUUCAUGGAGAUGGAACCGGCGCUAGACAAAAUCGAGAACGUAAAUAAAAAAAAAGAGUCGGCGGAGGACAAGGCCGCAAAAGAGACCCCGGCCAUCAGUACGAACGUUACCCCGCGGAGGGGGCUCAGAGAGCGGGGAGCGUGCCGCCCGAGAUCCGGCGUCUCUGCUUCAGUAAAGGACGUUAACGGAGCUGUGUCGAGCCUGCAGAGCUCAGGGCGAGUUUUAAGAGACCGGUCAACGAGGGCAGUCCCGGCCUGGCUGAAGGAUAACAAGAGCGAGGACGAGGAAGACGAAUCGAGCCUGGACACCGGUGCUACUAAGCGGAGGAAAGUUUCCAACCCGAAGAGGAAGAAACAGUCUGAAUCUGCGGAUUUGGCUGAGGGGGUUGCAGGUGACAGCCUUCAAGGGACAGACUCAAAAGAACCAAAGAAACCUGCCACAGAUGAUCAAGCUCUAUCCUCCAGACGCCCCCCAGCCCAGAGCCGUGCCAAGCCCCAGUCUGGCAGAGCUGUACGCGCCUCUGCCAAGCCUGUCUGUAAGACUGAACCUGGGAUGGAGAAUCCAGCUGCAAUGGAAGGAGAGAUAAGAAAUAAAGACAAGUAUGAAAUUAAAAAGAAAGAGGAGGAAAGUGAGGAUGUUGCUGUACCAGUCUUGGAUGAUGAAGACGCUCCGUUUCUGGAUGACCCAGACGACCUUGGCUAUCGGCCACGGAGUCAAAGUGGGGCAGAGGAAGAAGAGGGUCUCAGCAGUGAUGAAGAACUACCUUAUACAGAUGACCUAAAUGACCAGAGCUAUGACCCGAAGGAAGAAAUGGAUGUCCCGAAACCAAAGCGCAGGGCUCCUCCUAGACAGAAGGAGAAGAAAGAGAAAGACAAGGCACCUAAAAAAGAGUCUGAGGUUGCUGAGAUAAAGAUAGAAGGUUCGGACAACAUGGAGAUUUUUGAAGAGGAAGUACAGCUAGAGGAAGAUGUCCUGGAGGACCCGGAUGGACCCAGGAAGAGAGGCCGACGGAAAAAAGACGAUAAAACCCCACGGCUGCCGAAGAGAAGGAAGAAGCCCCCGGUGCAGUACGUGCGCUGUGAGAUGGAAGGAUGUGGGACGGUCCUGGCUCAUCCUCGCUACCUACAGCACCACAUAAAGUACCAGCACUUGCUGAAGAAGAAAUACGUCUGUCCUCACCCUACAUGUGGAAGGCUUUUCCGACUCCAGAAGCAGCUGCUGCGUCAUGCAAAGCACCACACAGAUCAGAGGGACUACAUCUGUGAGUUCUGUGCUCGUGCCUUCAAGAGCUCCCACAACCUGGCUGUGCAUCGCAUGAUCCACACAGGAGAGAAACCUCUGCAGUGUGAAAUCUGUGGCUUCACUUGUCGCCAGAAGGCGUCUCUGAACUGGCACAUGAAGAAGCACGAUGCUGAUGCCACAUAUCAGUUCGCCUGCUCCAUUUGUGGCAAGAAGUUUGAGAAGAAGGACUGUGUGGUGGCCCAUAAGGCUAAGAGUCACCCUGAGGUGCUAAUUGCUGAGGCUCUUGCAGCCAAUGCUGGUGCCCUCAUCACAACCCCUGCCUCCCUGCUGGAGCUGCAAGUAAACCCCACGCAUGCAGAGCUCAGUAGCCGGGAUGUGAGCCAGCUAGGACAGGAUCUGCAGGCGGAACAUCUGAGCCAUGAAGGGCACAUGGCUCAAGUGUCCCAGAUGGGUCAUGUGAACCAACAGGUGAGUCACCAGGUGGUUUUACUGGGACAAGACCAGAGCCUCCACACCAUGCAGGUGCCAGUGACGAUUGCGCUGUCCUCCAUCAACCCCCCUUCGCCAGCUGACAACCACCAGCAGACUCACCUCCAGCUCCAGAUGCCCGUCCAGUUUGUGCAGGCUGCUCAGCAGUCCCAGCAGCCCCAGAUCCAACAACUGACGCUCCACUCCGGCUCCGUGGUGACCCAGCAUCAGCCCCAGCUUCACCCUCUUCAGACGUACUCCUCCCAGCAGCAGAGCCAGACACAAAUACUUCAAAUGACCUUCCAGCCGGUUGGCCAGUCUCAGACACACAUUCAGCAGAUCCCCAUUCUAGCAACCUCUCAACAACUUCAGACCCUGAGCCCCCCCCUCCUGUCCCCAUCCCAAUCCCAGGACGCAGCAGCAACCAACGGGGACAACUUUAUUCUGGACAAUGCCGUGCUUUCGUCUUCCUCUCCGCCAGCAGGCUCCCUUGUGCAGACAGAAGUGAUGGGGGAAGACGGCGUUGUCUGGGAGCAGACGGGACAUGGGGAGGUCCAGCAGAUCCUCAUGUAAAACAACAAUAGUGCACACAAAACCGAAAAUAGAAGCAGGCUGUCACCAGUGACAUGAUACACUGUAUUGCAAUGUUUGAGGUAAAUGUAGGAUCACCAAUAUAUUAUGGACUGUUCACUCAUAGUCAUAUUUGGUAGCUUUUUAGAAUAACUGUAUCAGGGAAAAGAUAUGUAUGUGUCUGUAUGUGUAAGUUGUUGCCUUUGUACAUAAGUCCUGUAAACUGAACUAGCCUUUUAUGCGAGUGUGUAAUAAUGCUGAGGUAAUGUUGCAAAGCUGUUGCUAUUAUGAAAUAAUAUAGCAUACAUCUUAGAACUAUAGAGCACACAAUUAGUGUGUGGCAUCCAGGUUCUAUUUAUAUUAUGAAUUAACACAAAACACACAUUAGAAGCUAUAAACUGACCCCAGUAUGUGUGGGGGGAGAAAACUGUUCAAAUGAAUAGGCAGCUAUUUUUUCAUUUAAUGUCUACUGUAAAGCCUUUAUUUGGCGAGGUUGAACGAAAAAAUAACAAAAUUAUCGGACAAAGAGAAACAUUUCAAAACCUGAAAAGCGAUGGACAAACAUGGUCUUACAGUCUUGUGAACAGUCACAAAAUUUGCAUUAUUUAGCUAUUUGGCAGUGUCAUUAAACCUGGUUCAAUGGCAGCUGUUUUAUAAGCUUAGCUGUUGGUAGACAUUGAAGGAAUAAUAACCCCUAUUUUGUAUACUACUCACAUAAGUCCUUGGUUAAUAUAGUCAGCCAAAGGGUGACCUUGCAUAUUGUAACCCUCACAUGAAAUAACAGCAAGCACAGUAAUGGAAUUAGACAGGUAAGUCUCAUGUGUAAUGUUAUUUAAAAAAACAAGGCUAUGUAGAAACCUUGGAGCAUAUGUUCAUACUCAAUCUGCACCUCUCUGGUUAGUGAUGUGGGAUGUGUGGUAGAGCAAACACAAACUGUUCAUUUACAACAUGUAAAUAAAUAUCGUAACAUUUA